GACAGGGGUAAAAAAAGGCAAGCUGGCCAGGUUGUCCUCGACGCCAGAAGCAUCAACUUGAUCCCAUAACUUCAACCACAGGGAGGUUUCUCUUUUUAAUCAAUCGCCCCUUUUUCUUUCCUUUCUUUUUAUUUUGUGAAACUUCUCGAUUGAGGUGGUAAUUGCUUCUGGCAGCUACCUCUACUUGCUCUUCUAUCAUUCCUUUGUUCACCUAUUUCUUCUUCUCUUCUACAAAUCACUUGGUGUAACCAGGGCACUACUAUCUAACCCCUGAGCUUACGGCCACCUUCAAUCAUGGCUCGAAGCUCCACGCCGCAGGGCAGCCUGCGACAGAGGGGCGCACCAUCAAAGAAGCCCUUCGAAGAAGACUCUUUCGAUCCUAAUAUCGAGCUUGACAAGCUUGCCAAGGCUGGCGCUCAGCGAGCCGCUGCCCAGAGCGAGACCGAGUACAAGAUUGGCCUUUUCCUCAUCACUAUCUUGUCCUUCGUUACUCGAUUCUGGGGUAUCAGCCAUCCGAACGAGGUUGUCUUUGACGAGGUGCACUUUGGAAAGUUCGCCUCAUACUACCUCGAGCGAACCUACUUUUUCGAUGUCCACCCCCCCUUCGGCAAGCUUCUCUUCGCCUUUGUCGGCUGGCUCGUUGGCUACGAUGGUAACUUCCACUUCGAGAACAUCGGCGACUCCUACAUUGCGAAUAAAGUUCCUUAUGUCGCGUACCGAGCUCUCCCCGCUACUCUAGGUGCUUUGACUGUCUCGGUCACAUAUCUCAUCAUGUGGGAAUCUGGCUACAGCCUUCCCGCUUGCAUCCUCGCCGCUGGUCUUGUCCUCCUCGACAAUGCCCACAUCGGCCAGACCCGACUCAUCCUCCUAGAUGCUACUUUGGUCCUCGCCAUGGCCUGCAGUCUCCUCUUCUACAUCAAGUGGUACAAGCUCCGACAUGAGCCUUUCUCCCGAAAGUGGUGGAAGUGGCUCAUCCUUACCGGAUUUGCUCUGUCUUGCGAUAUCUCGGUCAAGUACGUUGGUGUAUUUGCCUUCGUUACCAUUGGCUCUGCCGUUGUUAUUGACCUCUGGGACCUCCUUAACAUUAACCGACCUGGUGGUGCCAUCAGCCUGCAGGAAUUUACCAAGCACUUUGCCGCUCGGGCUUUUGGUCUGAUCAUCAUGCCUUUCUUGUUCUACCUCUUCUGGUUCCAGGUUCACUUUGCCGUUCUCUACCGAUCCGGUCCUGGUGAUGAUUUCAUGACUCCUGAAUUCCAGGAGACCCUGAGCGACAACGUUAUGCUGGCCAAUUCGAUCGACAUUCAGUACUAUGACCAGAUCACAAUUCGACACAAGGAGACCAAGACAUACCUUCACAGUCAUGAGGACCGUUACCCUCUCCGAUACGAUGAUGGCCGUGUUUCGUCCCAGGGCCAGCAGAUCACUGGUUACCCUUACAACGACACCAACAACUACUGGGAGAUCCUGCCCGCCAAUAACGAUAAGCAGAUUGGCCGCAUUGUCAAGAACCACGAACUGGUUCGCCUUCGCCACGUUGGAACCGACAAGAUUUUACUCUCCCACGAUGUCGCUUCUCCUUACUACCCCACCAACCAGGAAUUCACUGCUGUUACUCCCGAGGAGGCUUUCGGCAAGCGUGAGAAGGACACUCUUUUCGAGGUCCGAAUCGAGCACGGCAAGAAGAACCAGAACUUCAAGACUGUCGCUGGCCACUUCAAGCUCAUUCACAACCCAAGCAAGGUUGCCAUGUGGACCCAUACUAAGCCUCUCCCUGAGUGGGGUUACAAGCAGCAGGAGAUCAACGGAAACAAGCAGAUUGCGCCCAGCUCCAACGUCUGGAUCGCUGAGGACAUUCCCUCUCUGCCUGCUGACCACCCUCGUCGUCAGAAGCCUGAGCGCAAGGUCAAGUCUCUGCCCUUCCUCCAGAAGUGGUUCGAGCUCCAGCGCGCCAUGUUCUACCAUAACAGCAAGCUUACCAGCAGCCACCCUUAUGCUAGCCACCCUUAUCAGUGGCCUUUCCUGCUCCGUGGUGUGAGCUUCUGGACUCAGAGCGAGACGCGCCAACAGAUCUACUUCUUGGGCAACCCGAUUGGCUGGUGGCUCGCUAGCAGCCUUCUCGCUGUUUAUGCCGGUAUUCUUCUCGCUGAUCAGGUGUCUCUGCGCCGUGGUGUUGAUGCUCUCGACCGCCGAACUCGAUCGCGCCUGUAUAACUCUACCGGUUUCUUCUUCCUUGCUUGGGCUACUCAUUACUUCCCGUUCUUCCUCAUGGGACGACAACUUUUCUUGCAUCAUUACCUUCCAGCUCAUCUUGCUUCUUGUCUUGUUGCUGGCGCUCUUCUUGAGUUCAUCUUCAACUCUGAAGCUCCUGAGGAGGUCACUAUCAAGGACAAGAAGGGACCUGUUAGCCCCAGGCAUCACGUAACCGCUCGUGAGCGCUUCGCCGGCCAGAGCAUGCUCGGUGCUUGGAUUGCCUGUGGUGCUAUUCUGUCUCUGAUCAUUGCUGGCUGGUACUUCUUCCUGCCUCUCACCUAUGGUUACCCUGGUCUCUCCGUCGAUGCCAUUCUCCGAAGGAAGUGGCUAGGAUAUGACCUUCACUUUGCCAAAUAGACGGUGAUGGGGUGGUUUGACCAAUCUUGAGUUUGAAGAUUCUUGGGUCGUCGAAUUUCAAGUGGACAUGCCACUGGCAUUUUUUCCAUGAGACUCGGGUCGAGUUAAUGAAGGCGUCAUGACACUGAUCAUGACAAGAUUAGUUAUGGGAUAUACCAGGUCGACGGAGGUUGGACCAUAAGUGCCAGACAAAACCAAUCUCCUGUAUCUCUAUAUGAUAAGAUACGUGAAGGAACAUGUGUAACCUAUUGAAAACAUAGAGAAGCUAAUCUGUUAUUUGAUUGAAUAUUUGGACGCAAU